AUGAACGGUGCAAAGUUGCUGGGCCAGAGGAUCGUGGUUGAGGGCACCAAGAGACCGCCUCGAUUCGGCGGAUCAAGUAAUCGUCCGAAACCUCCGCAGAGAACCUAUCAUCGUUUGAUUGUGGAGAAUUUAUCGUCCCGCAUCGAUUGGCGGGAUCUUAAGGCCCAUAUGCGGAAUAUAACCUUUGCGGAUGCUCAUCGGGACCGAAUGAACGAAGGAGUAGUGGAGUUUGCCAGCCGAUACGACAUGAAACGGGUGUUGAAAAUGUUUGACGACACCGAGCUCAACGGAACAUACAUACGGCUGUAUGAAGAUCGUGGUCGAUCACGCAGUGGAAGCAGAAGUAACAUCGGUUUCGACUCACGAUCGCGGUCGAGAUCUCGCAGUCGUUCUCGUGGGUAUCAGUCGAAGUCUCGUUCGGUGAAAAGCUACCGUCGAUCGAGGUCCCGCACGGCUUCGGAGGAGAGUCGCAGCCGAUUCCGGUCUGUGUCUGAGUCAAAGCAUUCCGGUCGAAGCUACCGAUCGGAAUGGUCCAGUGGUAGAUCAUCUAGAAGAACAGAACGCUCUUAA